UAAUCACUAUCAGGUAUCAUCACUUUGCUUCUAUUGCCCCACUAUCGUACCUAAAGUUAGAAUAAACCAAUUAUCACGACGACGAUGACUGCCCCGCUAUGAGUCCAUGCCGUUCUGGCCUUCUAGCCUUCUAGAUUCUGUUCUUCCACUACUUCCCCCUACUUUACCUUACUCAUAUUAGAACUUGAAUUUGCCAAUGCCUACCUGAUCCUCUUUUCUACGUCCUUCUUUCUAGCCUUGACUGCCCUGUCGGUGUGGUACUUUGUCUGUCUAGUAAUAACAGCCACCGCUUACAUUCUCCCUCACUACCAACAACCCCUCUAAUCUAUCAAUUUUUGCUAUAGCCCUGUGCCUCCCCCCCUAUCUCGCGUCACCGCUACAUUUCUUUGUUUACUAGAACUUCGGAAUCGCGACGUUACUCUACCAUCUAAUUCCUCAAGAAAAACAAAGCUGAACAAUCAUGGCAGAACGUACGCAAGAAACUGAGACCGCUGCUACCAACAACAUCAUAACGGAGGCUGAACAAAUGUCCCUUUCCCCCCGCGAGUCGCUCACUGGCGGCAGUUCUCAACAAGAAUCGCCUGAUCUACCGCCUCACCUUCGAGAUUCUAUUACGAGGGUUCCUGUAACCCCAGGUAUUCAAUCCUCGACCUAUUUAGCCAAAACAAGCACCGAUUCCGUCAAGGCCGCGAGCCAAGGUUACUUUACACGGGAUCCUGCCAACCAGAGCAGCGAUGUGUCACAACCACCUCCGACAGAACCCCAUUCAGACGGGUCUUCUCCGACGAAUUUAGUAAAAGGUGCUACCUCGGACGAAGAAGUCUUACGGCGGAUGAGUAUUUCAACUAAGGGGCGAAGAGAGUCUAUUUCGGAAAUUCGAGCUGCUGCCCCUGACUUAGCUCUCAGUGGUAACAUCAUCUCGGUUACUUUUACAACGCCUUACUCUCUUAAGUACCGUAAGAAUGGCGAAUGGGAAUUGGAUCAUCGUCGCGGCCAAUCUGCCCUUUUCGACUCCUUCUCUUAUCUGUCGUCCGACGAAGCGCCUUGGAACCAUACCGUAGUUGCAUGGACGGGCGAGAUUGAAUCACCUCCCGAAUCCUUGUCUACAUCGGACGCCAUCCCCGAUACGACUGCUAAUAUUCCGGGUAUAAGCCAUCUUUCUGCUCCUAUACCAUUGGAUGGAGAAACGCCGCCACAAACACCCCCCGAGGUUGACGGCUUAUGGAUUACGCGCGAAAGCCAAUUGAAGCUAGAACAGCAAUUAUCCCAUGACAGGCGCAUCAAAGCAAUUCCCGUGUGGCUUGCUGAUGAUAACGAGACGAGCGACGAGGGCAUUACAUUAAAUAACCAGGGACGAUGGCGGCGGUAUGCUGAACACACGCUAUACCCCUUAUUUCACUACAAGCAACACGAACCUAACGAUGGCCGCUCGGAACGAAUCGAAUGGGCCGACUACUUCCGUACUAACUUGAAAUUCGCUGAUAAGAUCAUUGAGGCCUAUAAACCCGGGGAUAUCGUCGUUAUUCAUGACUAUUAUCUACUAUUGCUUCCUAGCAUGUUGCGGCAAAGAAUACCGAACAUGUACAUCUCAUUCUUCCUUCACUGCCCGUUUCCUAGUAGCGAGUUUUUGAGAUGCCUGCCGCGGAGAAAGGAGGUUCUCGAAGGUAUGCUUGGUGCCAAUCUAGUCGGUUUCCAGUCGUACAGCUACUCGCGCCACUUUGCGAGCUGUUGUACCCGGAUCCUUGACUUCCCUUCGGAUUCUGUUGGCGUGGAUGCUUACGGGUCCAGGGUUGAGGUCGGCGUCUUCCCGAUUGGCAUCGACGUAACCAAGGUAGAGCAGUUGGCGUGGUCUAAGGAAGUUUCGGAUAUGUACAAAGCUCUAAAGGAUCUCUAUAAGGACAAACAAAUCAUCGUGGGACGUGAUCGACUGGAUAGUGUCCGUGGUGUGGCCCAAAAGCUUAUGGCAUUCGAAAGAUUCCUUGAACUUUAUCCUGAUUGGAGAGAGAAGGUGGUCCUAGUCCAGGUUACGUCCCCAAACACAAUCGAGGAGGGAGGAGAGGAGCCGGAGAAUAAGAUAGCCAGCAGAGUCAACGAGCUGGUCAUGAGGAUCAACGGCACUUAUGGAAGCCUGGGAUUUUCCCCGGUGCAACAUUAUCCACAAUACUUGUCGCCGGAGGAAUAUUUCGCGUUGAUGAGAGCAGCAGACAUCGGCCUGAUUACGUCGGUCCGGGAUGGCAUGAACACUACCAGUUUGGAAUAUGUCGUUUGCCAGCGCGAUACGCAUGGUCCGUUAAUACUAUCGGAGUUUAGCGGUACUGCAGGUAGCCUGCGCGACGCCAUACAUAUCAAUCCUUGGGAUCUUACCGAUGUUGCCCACCAAAUUCAUCACGCUCUCACCAUGUCCGCCGAAAAGCGCAUGGCAAUGCAGUCGAGCCUUUACCAGCACGUCAAGACUCAGAAUGUUCAAGUUUGGAUCACAAAAUUCCUACGCAAGCUCGUCGGCACACUGGCGUCAACUAAGAACCAGAAUGUUACGCCGUUAUUGGACCGCACACUAAUGCUGAAGCAGUACCGCCAGGCCAAUAGGCGUCUAUUUAUGUUCGACUACGAUGGUACGCUGACUCCAAUUGUUAGGGAUCCCCAGUCUGCUGUUCCUUCAGAGCGCGUUAUCCAAACUUUGAAGGCCCUUGCAGCAGAUCACCGCAACGCUGUCUGGAUUAUUUCAGGCAGAGACCAGGAUUUCUUGCAGCAGCAUCUAGGUCAUAUUUCAGAAUUAGGUUUCAGUGCGGAGCAUGGAAGCUUUAUCAGACAUCCCGGCAGCAAAUCUUGGGAGAACCUAGCAGAGAAGUUGGACAUGGGCUGGCAAGCAGACGUGGUCGAACUCUUCCAAAAGUACACCGACCGCGUGCCCGGCUCAUUCAUCGAGCGUAAACGAUGCGCGUUGACUUGGCAUUAUCGCCAGGCUGAUCCCGAACAGGGCGUCCAUGCGUCUCUAGCACUACACAAGGAACUCGAGUCGACCGUGGUCCAGAAGUGGGACGUCGAUGUAAUGAAAGGCAAGGCUAACCUUGAAGUACGACCCACUUUCAUCAACAAAGGCGAGAUCGCUAAACGCCUGGUUAAUGACUAUAAUUCCGAUAUUGCACACAUAGCCUCUGGGCAGCAAAUCGACAAGGGCAAAGACGGAAAGCUAGAAUUCGUCUUGUGUAUGGGUGACGAUUUCACCGACGAAGACAUGUUCAGGGCUUUGAACGGUCUCAGCGGUACACAAGUCGAUAGGAGCCACGUUUUUACCGUUACCGUCGGUGCUAGUACAAAGGUCACAUUGGCUAAGUGGCACAUGCUGCAGCCGGAGGAUGUCGUAGAGUCGAUAGCUCUCCUCGCCGGAGUCGGACUGAGUGGCGAGGCGCACGAGCAACUAAGCCAAGUCAACCUUGCUACUGUUGCCGGACUCGAGGGCCGAGUACCUGAAUGACUCGGCAGAUCGAAGUUGUGAUUAUAUUAGAAAUAGUAGGGGGGCGUAGAAAAGCGUGGCGCUGGGUUGUUGGCUCAGGCUAGAAGGGUUCGUUCGUACAUUUGAAAUAAAGCACGCCUCUUUCACUCCCACGCAGAAUAGCUUCAGAAAGAGAGCAUAGAAAAGCAGGCGGCUCGACGUUCCGGAAGUUCCGGACGAGUUGGGUAACGGUCUUCAGAUGACCUCGUUAAUCUUAGAGCAUAGGUAGACAACCCUCAUCGGGGUCUAAAUGCGCCGCGUUUAGACAUAGAUCUGUCUUUUUAUCUGGGAGGAGACAGCCAUCUACCUCGAGCAAGGGUAUAUACAUAGAUACGGUAGUUAAUAGCCACCAAGCAUACUGGGUUGGCAAUCACUCAAG